AUGGGAGACCCUGACAACCCACUGUCCACUGCACGUCCUCGCGCGACACCGACUUCCAUACCUCCAUUGUCUCGACCUGGUUCAUCGACGCCUUCGAGCUCAUUUCCAUCACUCAAACAAUCAUCUGUAUCUCGUAAGAAGCCUGAAGGGCUUAGCAUUACUCGAUCUAUACGACCAGCUCCAUCUCCGCCUACAGAUGGAUCACCAGCGCUCACGGGGAAGAAAGGGAGUAUAGGCUGGGUAUCCGAGACCGAUCGUUUACGCCAAGACAUUGAACGAUUGCAAUUAUCAUCGAAAUCAUCUUCAUCCCUUGACUCUCCAGAAUCCUCCUCACCGACGGCUCCGACCACACCUACCCACUUGGCCCAAAGCGAUAGUUCAUCCUCUAGUAGAUCAAAAAAGAGCUCGAGCUCAAAGGCAAAGCGUACAAAGGACAAGAAUGGAGAUGAUCUGGUCAAGGAUGAGGAUCUCGAUAUCAUGCAGGAUCUAGGUGCCGGAAAUGGAGGAACAGUCACGAAAGUAUGGAACAAGAAACGUAAAUGUAUAAUGGCGCGAAAGCUUAUUCUGGUCGACGCAAAGCCGUCCGUCCGGAAACAGAUUCUGCGUGAAUUGCAGAUCAUGAAUGACUGCUCAUCACCGUACAUCGUCGGGUACUAUGGAUGCUUCCCCGUCGACGUUCAUGUCGGGAUCGUCAUGGAGUAUAUGGACGCGACGUCCUUGGAUCACAUUUACAGGAACACUGGUCCGGUGCCUAUCGACAUGGUUGGCAAAGUCGCCGAGGCUGUGCUGAGAGGUCUCAUGUAUCUAUAUGACGUCCAUCGCAUCAUACAUCGAGACAUCAAACCGUCCAACAUUCUCGCCAAUACCGCUGGUGACAUUAAGAUAUGUGACUUUGGGGUCUCUGGAGAGCUCAUCAAUUCCAUCGCCAACACUUUUGUGGGCACAUCAACUUACAUGAGCCCCGAGCGAAUCCAGGGAGCGCCAUAUACAAUCAAGUCCGACGUCUGGUCGUUAGGUAUUUCACUCAUUGAGCUUGCCCAUGGACGGUUUCCAUUUUCGGACUCGGCGGACGAGGCAUUGGAUUUCGACCCUGAUCCGACGCUCUCUGCAUCGACUCAACGCCCCACCCUGUCCAACAAACCUGGCAACCCGAGAGGCGGUGCAAGAGCCAUGAGCAUCCUGGAUCUGCUGCAACACAUUGUCAAUGAGCCUGCUCCAAAGCUCGGCACCUCCAGGAGAGACUUCCCAUCCGAGGCUGUCGAAUUUGUGCGCGGUUGCCUGGACAAGGAUCCGUCUAUCAGACAGAGUCCACAGGAAUUAUUGAAAUCCAAAUGGAUCGUCGAUAGCCAAGUCACAAAAGAUCAACUCAAGGCUUGGACAAGACAAGUCGCACCAUCUGACGAUUGA